GAAAAACAGAGCCCGGCCAACUGCAGCGUGUAGUGUGAGUGGGGCAGGACGCGCGCAGCCCGCCCGCCCGGCGACCCGCAAGGAGUUGGCAUCCAUUGGAAGAGUUUGCGAAACCCACUCUCUGCCCACAGCUCCAGGACCAAUGCAUCUUUCCACCACCUUAAGCCACUGGUGAUCGUAUCAUGACCAGCUCUAUGCCAGUUGCUUCUGUGCGCUUCACCUGUAUCAUCCCAACCAUGCCUUGUAAACACCACAGGAGAUGAAGACUGUGUUUAUCCCGUUUUGCAGAGGAAAAUAACUGAGAGCAGUUCAGAACCCCACUUGCAGAAGACCUGUCCCGCCACCACCAUGAGCUCUGAAUGUGAUGGUACUUCUAAAGCUGUUGUGAACGGCUUGGCACCUGGUAGCAAUGGGCAAGACAAAGCAACUGCCGACCCUUUACGCACACGCUCUAUUUCUACUGUUAAAAUAAUUCCUGUGAAGACAGUGAAAAACGCUUCAGGCCUAGUACUCCCUCCAGACAUGGAUCCUACAAAAAUCUGCACUGGAAAGGGAGCUGUGACUCUCCGGGCCUCAUCCUCCUACAGGGAAUUCCCAAGUGGUAGCCCUGUGAGCCCUCAGGAAACCCCGCAACAUGAAAGUAAGCCAGGUCUGGAGCCAGAGAAUUCUUCAGCAGAUGAGUGGAGGCUCUCUUCCAAUGCUGAUGCCAAUGGGAACGCCCAGCCCUCCUCACUUGCUGCCAAGGGCUACAGAAGCGUGCACCCCAGCCUUCCUGCUGACAAGCCCCAGGUUCUCUCUCCCUCACACCCUCCUCUCCCUCAAGAGGACCGCUUUGCAUGGCAGCCCCCCACCAUCCGCAGUACCUAUAAGGAUUCCCUCUACAGGAGCUCACCAAAGCCUUAUGUCCCACCCAGCACCCCCAACCAGCAGAACCCCUCACCACCCCAGCCCGUGUCUGUCUCUCUGGCAGCUAGAUUGGCUCCCAAAGAUGUGGCGUGUCCUGGUCCUUUGCUUCUGGGUUCCACAUUCCCCAGUGCUUCAUCCCAACCCCGGCACCACUAUGCAGCCACCAAGUUAGUUUAUAGUAAGAAUGUGAGCUCUAACCCACAUCAUGAGGCUGUUGGGAAUAAAAAGGUCAGCAGCUUAUAUGUACCCUGUUUAUCCAAUAACAUUUGCCGGGCGGCAUUGGAAAACUGUCCUGUUGCACGUGACCCAGCCAAAGACACUCCCUUGGAGGCUGCAGACACCCGAGCACCAGCCCCCAGCCUUGUGCCCCGCACAGCCGGCACAGGAGAACCACCCCCUGCUCCUUCUCCUGACCCUCCCAAGCUGUUCUUUGACAUCCAUAAAGAUGCUGGUAAUCGUGGUGAGAGUCCUUCCCUGAGGACUCGGGCUUCGUUCUCAGAUGCAGUGAGACCAUCUGUGCUAGGCCCCCAGGUUACCUCUGAUCCCGAAAACCAGAAGAGCAAAGAACCUUACCUUUUGCAGCCGGGUUAUCCAGCCAAGGAUGCCUCUUCCUCCAGCCCAGCCCAGCCUGAGGUAAUAGUUGUCCCUCUCUACCUGGUUAAUACUGACAGAGGGCACGAAGGCACUGCCAGACCUCCAGCGUCUCUGGGGCCGCCCCCGGCGACCGCCCCUGCCGCCUCACCUCUGACCUUCCCGACUUUAGAUGAUUUCAUCCCCCCUCAUCUGCAGAGGCGGCCCCAGCACAGCCAGCCAGCCAGUGCUCGCGGCCCUCUGCCCCCCGUUAGCCAGACACCACCAUCCUUGUCACCACCACCUCCGCUGGUCCCUCCCGUCCCGGAGGACCUCCGCAGAGCCUCGGAGCCCGACCCCACGGGAGCCGUCUCCAGGACCAGUUCCAGUCCCCUACUAAAUGAAGUUGUGUCUUCCCAUACUGGAGCUGAUUCCCAAGCCUUUCCACCAGCCAGUAAGCCGUCAUCCGCCUAUCCCUCCACAACCAUCGUCAACCCCACCAUCGUGCUCUUGCAACACAAUCGAGAACAGCAAAAACGACUCAGUAGCCUUUCAGAUCCUGUCCCAGAAAGAAGAGUGGGUGAGCAGGACUCUGCACCAGCCCAGGAAAAACCCACCUCGCCUGUCAGGGCUGCUGAAAAAAGAGCAAAGGAUGACAGUAGGCGGGUGGUUAAGAGCGCACAAGACCUAAGCAAUGUGUCCGUGGAUGAAGUGGGCAUCCCACUUCGGAAUACUGAAAGAUCAAAAGACUGGUACAAGACCAUGUUUAAGCAGAUCCACAAACUAAACAGAGACACUCCUGAAGAAAACCCUUAUUUCCCUACGUACAAAUUCCCUGAACUUCCUGAAAUCCAGCAAAAUUCUGAAGAGGACAAUCCUUACACUCCUACCUACCAGUUUCCUGCAUCUACUCCUAGUCCUAAAUCUGAAGAUGAUGAUUCAGAUCUGUAUUCUCCUCGAUACUCCUUUUCUGAAGACACAAAAUCUCCCCUUUCUGUGCCUCGCUCAAAAAGUGAGAACUACAUUGACGGUGAGAAGAUAGUUAAGAGGUCAGCCACGCUACCCCUCCCAGCUCGCUCUUCCUCACUGAAGUCAAGUCCAGAAAGAAACGACUGGGAGCCCCCAGAUAAGAAAGUGGAUACGAGAAAAUACCGUGCAGAACCUAAAAGCAUUUACGAAUAUCAGCCGGGCAAGUCUUCUGUUCUGACCAACGAAAAGAUGAGUCGGGAUAUAAGCCCAGAAGAGAUAGAUUUAAAGAAUGAGCCUUGGUAUAAAUUCUUUUCGGAGUUGGAGUUUGGGAAACCGCCUCCCAAAAAGAUAUGGGAUUAUACUCCUGGAGACUGCUCUAUCCUUCCUAGAGAGGAUAGAAAGACUAAUCUAGAAAAAGAUCUCAACCUCUGCCAAACAGAGUUAGAGGCAGAUUUAGAAAAAAUGGAGACGAUAAAUAGAGCACCCAGUGCAGACCUGCCACAGAGUUCAGCAGUCAGCCCCUCUCUGGAUAUCUCCCCAGAGCCUCCAGGAUAUAUAUAUUCUUCCAACUUCCAUGCAGUGAAGAGGGAAUCAGAUGGGGCUCCUGGGGACCUUACUAGCUUGGAGAAUGAGAGGCAGAUUUAUAAAAGUGUCUUGGAAGGUGGUGACAUCCCUCUUCAGGGCCUGAGUGGGCUCAAGCGACCCUCCAGCUCAGCUUCCACUAAAGAUUCCGAAUCACCAAGACAUUUUAUACCAGCUGAUUACUUGGAAUCUACAGAAGAAUUUAUUCGAAGACGGCAUGAUGAUAAAGAGAAACUUUUAGCGGACCAGAGACGACUUAAGCGCGAGCAAGAAGAGGCCGAUAUUGCAGCUCGACGCCACACAGGCGUCAUCCCGACGCACCAUCAGUUUAUCACUAAUGAGCGCUUUGGGGACCUCCUCAAUAUAGACGAUACUGCAAAAAGGAAAUCUGGGUCAGAGAUGAGACCUGCCAGAGCCAAAUUUGACUUUAAAGCACAGACACUAAAGGAGCUUCCUCUGCAGAAGGGAGACAUUGUUUACAUUUAUAAGCAAAUCGAUCAGAACUGGUACGAAGGUGAACACCACGGCCGGGUGGGAAUCUUCCCACGCACCUACAUCGAGCUUCUUCCCCCUGCUGAGAAGGCUCAGCCCAAAAAGUUGACACCUGUGCAGGUUUUGGAAUAUGGAGAAGCUAUUGCCAAGUUUAACUUCAAUGGUGAUACCCAAGUAGAAAUGUCCUUCAGAAAGGGUGAGAGGAUCACGCUGCUUCGACAGGUGGAUGAGAACUGGUACGAAGGGAGGAUUCCAGGGACAUCCCGACAAGGCAUCUUCCCCAUUACCUACGUGGACGUGAUCAAACGGCCACUGGUGAAAAACCCCGUGGAUUACAUCGACUUGCCUUACUCUUCCUCCCCAAGUCGCAGUGCCACUGCGAGCCCACAGUAUCCUAGUCACAGCAAGCUCCUCAUGCCAGCCCCCUCAUCUCUGUCCCACCCCCGCCGAGCCCUGUCCCCCGAGAUGCACGCCAUCACUUCCGAGUGGAUCUCGCUGACUGUAGGGGUCCCGAGCAGGCGGUCUCUGGCCCUGACCCCGCCCUUGCCUCCUCUGCCUGAGGCUUCUAUCUAUGACACAGACCACCUCGCCCUGUCGGUGAGGGCCCGUCCCUCCCUGCCCCUCAGCCUCCCCCAGUCAAGUUGGCUGGAUCGCUCCUCCCCACACUCAGUUUCCCCUUUGGCCCUGCCUCCUCCCCACAAGGCCUACUCACUGGCCGCCAGUGCCCAGGCUCCCCUUCACAUCAAUGGAGAUGGUGGUAUCCACAUGCCACCCUCAGGCAUCCACCAGGAUAGCUUCUCCCAGUCACUGCUUGGGGGAUCCGAUAGGGUCAUCUCGGAGCUUAGCGGUGCCUUUAGCAGCCAGAGCAAGAGGCAGCCCUGGAGAGAAGAGAACGGACAAUAUGAAAGGAAAGCAGAGAGCAAGUCAGGUGAGAGAUGCCCUGGUGGACCCAAGAUCUCUAAGAAGAGCUGCUUGAAACCUUCAGAUGUGGUCAGGUGCCUGAGUACUGAACAGAGACUCUCAGAUCUCAACACCCCUGAGGAGAACCGGCCCAGCAAGCCUCUGGGUAGCCCUUUUCCAGGAAGGGAGGCUGGGCAGACAGAGCUGCGUAGAGGUGGCGAGGCUGAGAGGAAAGCUGCUCAGAGUGGCAUGAGCCAGCCUUCUCAUCAUUCAUUGAGAGCAGGACCUGAUCUCACAGAAUCUGAAAAGAGCUAUGUGGAAGCGGUUUGCAAUGAGAUCAUAAACAUUGCCGAGAAAUCUGUUCAUUACUGCAGCACUGUCUCUCAUCCCCUUGACUUUCAUCACAAGGUAUCCCCUUCUGACAAUAAAUCAUCUUUAAUCAUUUCUCAGCAACCUCAAGCCCAGCAGCGAAGAGUCACCCCAGACAGGAGUCAAACCUCACCAGAUUUAUUUAGCUACCAAGCAUUAUAUAGCUAUGUACCACAGAACGAUGAUGAGUUGGAACUCCGGGAUGGAGAUAUUGUUGAUGUCAUGGAGAAAUGCGACGAUGGGUGGUUUGUUGGUACUUCAAGAAGGACAAGGCAGUUUGGUACUUUCCCAGGCAACUAUGUAAAACCUUUAUAUCUAUAAGAAGACUGAAAACUACAGAGAUUAUUUUUAUUGGAGGAUGAAGCAUAAUUCAUGAACCAGUCUCUUUAUUUAAAUGUCAGAUCACUAGGAAAAUCAAAGCAGUGGAUAAAGUAAGAAGUAAAAGACAGGAACAGAGAAAUGUGUUUAAAACCCAAACCUGUCUAAACUUAGUGUGUAUCAGGGCUGAACUGCGUGCUGAGCAGAAAGAAUUGAGGCAACUCUGCAUUUACUUAGCUGCUUCUGGAAGCUGCUCCAGCCUUUGACUUCCCUCUGCCGCUUGGAUAAUCUGACUUGGAACACAGUCCAGGAGCUGAGUUAGCCACAGAUGCUCCCUGCUGCCCCAACCUUAACUUCCAUCUUGAAGGGGUUCUUGAGCCUAAAGCAGACGUUGGGGCCCCAGCAGAUAGGUUCCCAGCCAUGUUCCAGAGGCUCCAAGUCUGAGCAUCCACUGACUACCCCAGCUUCUAUCCCUGGCUGCCUGGAGCCAGCUGACCCCCAGUCCUCUAGAGGUCAGUCUGGGCUGCUGAGCUGUCUCUUGACAAUGGUGGUGGCCCCCAAAUCCCUCCCUGGACCUGCAGAGGUACAGAUGAGAAAAUGGAGGCAAAACCGGCACCUUGUGCCACCAGCCCGCUGUGCAGCUUUGCCAUUGACUGCCCUUCUUCCAGAUGGAAAAGCUCAUGAGGUUUGUCCUGAGAACUGGGACAAGC